AUGGCCUCACUCGUGAUGUCUGCAUUUGGCGCUCUCGGCUUUGACGUACAGAGCUGCUGCAACGAGCUCGCCUUCCAUGCCCUGAGAGCAGAUUACUAUCACGAUGCCUACAAAGGAUGGUACGCAGCCUUCUGUAAUCGCAACACACCUCCCGAUGUCCACGACGACGACUGGUACGACGCUCUCGCACUCAUCGGUCUAAGCCUGCAACUCGACACGCGCCCUGAGAAAGCCACAAGGUACCUCAAAGAAGCGCUCGCGUACACAGAGAAGACGCUUUCCCAUAACAACAAAAGAUUGUCCGAGACCCUGGUCAGAUUUGCAAGAGCGCUGGUCGCUCAGCACAAAUACGAGGAAGCGGAGCCUUUAUUUCGACAGAGAUAUUCCCAGAAGAACAUGAAGAGGUGA